AUGUCUAUGACCUUGAUGUCUACUGGUAUAUACGGCAACAACAGCACCAUCACCUUUGAAGUCGAGGGACAAGGCCGAGAUCAAUGGGUAUCUUUCUAUCACCAGAAUAUCGAUGACAUGGGCUUCGGUGACCAGCCAUUCGGUCAACCGGAUCGCAUUAAUGGGACAUGGCAACUCCGCCGCAUCAGCAGUGUCGUGGUCAAUGGGGAUAACAGCUCCGUGCACACGUUGUAUCAGAAGGAUACCCACAAAGGCAUCAUUCUGUCGACCCCCCUCUUACUUCCUCUGCAGAGGGGCAAAAACACGAUUACCGUUGGUGGGCUUUAUAACGGCUUCGACUAUAAAGGAGCUGAUCUCGAUCGGAUCGUCGUCUAUCCUCCCGAGGAAAAGUGGCAGAAGCGAUCGUUCCUUGACGCGCUAAACUUUUGGCAAUAG